CCCCAUGGCACCUGCUCGUUCUUCGACGCGUCGUGGUCAUAUACAACCUCAUGCCCUCGACGCCGGAUCCAGUGGAAAUCAUGAUCUCUUCAUUGAUCCCAUGCUUGGGACACCGUUGGCGGUGUAUAUCGAGAAGGACGUACACGACAGAGAGGCGCUGGUCAAUCUAAUCACGAAUAAUGGCGGUUCAGUCGCCCCGGGCUACAGUGGUGUCACUUACAUUCUUGUCGAUCCCUUGAAGCCAUCUGGUCAGAAUCUGUACAGGCAGUAUGUUGGAAAGAAAGGAAAGAUUAUCCUUGACUCGAGGUGGAUUCAUGAGUGUAUCAAGGCAGGCGAACUUCAAGCCUUCCACACCAACUGGGCAGGCUGCAAGGUGACGGGAAAUGAAAUAGCUCCGCCUGUGAUUGAAAUGCAAGCAGGACCUUCGUCGAUACCCCAGCCCCAACCCCAGCCCCAGCCGCAAUCUCAAGCCAAGAAACGAGGUGGUGCGCGCCAGCAGAAUAUACCUCAGAUAGAUCAAAGUGCACGCCAAAUUGUGCCGCCCCAGCCUUUGCAUCCUCAAGCGUUGCAACCCCCUGCCAUUCCUACCGUGGAAUCUCUGGUUCACGCUCAGCAGCAUUUCCAGUACCCUAUCUAUGCAAUGCCACCCCCUCGCACCAUGCAUGCACCACCACAGACAUGGCAAGCCACCACCGGCAUCGCGCCGCAACAGACACACAUCGCACCCCCGCCUCCACCUCCACCUCCACAGCCACCUCAUCAUGUACUUCGACCAGAUACAUGGGACUAUGAGCCUCCUGAUCCAGAUACAAAUGCGACGCCCUAUGAUUUCCGGUAUAGGGAUGAACAGUCAUGGGUUCCUCCCACCCAUAAUCCUUACUAUGAGACACCUUAUGAGAAUACCUAUGAGCCGCCACCGCAAAACUCGUAUCUGGAAGAGCCUCCUUCCUCAUCCUCGAACCCUCCACCGCCCCCUCCUCCAGCACCUCCGGCACCUCCCGUUGCACCUCCCGUUGCCCCAGUUGCACCAGCAGCGCCAGUGGAAGAUGAAAGCGAAAGGUCAAGAGGCCGGAAACGUACGCGGACCCAGUCUGUUCCAGGGCAGCCGACUUCUGCUCUUGUACCUAAUCGGAACCCUCCAGCCCGGUCGCCCAGCCCCCCUAGUCGUGUCAUUAAGAGCACUUACGGCGGCAAUUUGUUUACAGCUGAAGACGUCCAAUAUCUCAAGAAGUAUAUUGAUUAUUGCCAAGAGGAAGGCCUGGUUCUCAGUUUGCGUGAGAUAUGCCUACGAAUCGCCGUCAAGGCCCCUCAUCACACGUUUUACUCCUGGCGCCGGUACUGCAACAAACACCAGAUUCGUUUGGGCGGUUACAUGAUGAACGCUGAUCGGUCACAAUCUCCACACCGCGAUGAAGGCGAGGAUGAUGAAGAUCCAACUGUUCGUUCUGGCGCUGGUCUCGGUACGAUUUCAGCAGCUCAGCAGCGGGUCCAAGGUGAUAAUCUGCCGAGAACGCGUUCGCCGACGCCACCGAGGGCGCUAUACAGAAGUACUACCGGAAAGGGGGUUGCAUUUACUGUUGAUGAUAUUGCGUUUUUGAUCCGUUUUAUGGAGUACCGCAAGUCACAGGAGCGACUUGAUAUGGUUGCAUUUUGGAAGGAAGUGGCUGCGAGAGCUCCCCAUCAUUCACGAGCAUCAUGGAUGAAGUUUUGGCGUCGACAUAAGCAUGAAUUAAAUCGUACUGAUGCUGAUGAGCCACUACCUCAGCCCCCCGAUAAGAAGAUGAGGUAUAGUCGCGAGGACGAUAUAUUGCUUGCUAAGUACUUCUUCAGUAAGCCGGAAGGGACGUCGGAUCAGAUUUUUCAGGCUUUUGGGAGAAUGUAUCCUCAUCAUCCCUGGAAAGGCUGGCAAGAGCAUCAUCGGAUCCACAAAGUCAAGAUUGAUCAUUUCAUUCAGCAGUUGGUCAAUGGAGAGGACAUAGGGCCUGAAGGUCCCGGUUAAGCUUAUGGUUAUUCGAAUCUUCAUUUAUUCAUUAUUGUAUCGUCCUGUCAUUGAACGACUCAUAAAGCGUAGCUUUCGAUAACCUUUUUGCUCUUGCAAGAUGACAAUAUGUUGUGUUGCGGGCUAUCUUUCUAAUAUUGGCUCGAAUCUAU